AUGUCAGGAGCGUUUUCUUCUGUAGUAAAUUUCUCGACAGAACAAUUUCUUAAACGAGCCAGUAAACUUUCAGUUUUAAGUGACCUCGAAUGUCGAAGUCAAUCAGGUCAAGCAGACUGCUUGUUGCAGUUUCCAAAACAUCAUAAACGGCGACAAACGAUUGCUGUUAUGAAAAAGAAUAUUUCUAGUUUAUCAUGUAGUAAUCUGACUUAUGACAAUAUCGAAAAAGUUAUUAAUCUAGCAUUUGAUGAUGCGUAUGAUCUUCUUUCGAAAGUUAAUGUUAACGGAGCUUUAGAGAAAAAGAAGAAAACGAAUAUUAACCAGAUCAGUUCGUUUCAAUUUGUUGAAUUUGAAAAAAAACUCAGAGAAGUAGAAUACAAAGAAGAUGAAAGCUACUUAUCCGAUGAUGAAUCUGAUUGCGACGAAUCUGACAGUGAUUCAACGGAUUGUAACGACGAGAAUUCAUCUGAAGAUGAAGAUGAUACAUCUACAGUAGACGCCAACGGCAAAUCUGACUUCAAUGGAAUGAGAGUAUUUGAUACAAUCUCUCCAUCGUUAUCAAAUUCCUAUUUCCGUGUUAAAAUUGAUGGAAAGGAUAAGUAUAUUCAUAAGCAAACAGCUUGUUGGUUUUUUACAGAUAUUAAACCCCAAUUGUCAGCUGACCGAUCAAAACGAGUUAUGCAAAAUGCUCAUUAG